AUGGGCAUUAGAGACCGGCUUCUCCAACAGCUUCAGAUAACAAACAACAAGCAAUACGAGAAGUUGACAUCACCAGAGAAUAUUGAUCUUGAUAAACGAACGCCACGGAAACGAUAUCAGAACAAUCAGGACUAUUCUCUUAAAAAACUUAUCAAGGCUACACGUGUACGCGUUCAAGAUGACGAUAAUAAUAGAUCCAGUACUACUUCUGCUAACUCCAGCUCUACAGCUAGAUCCAAUACUAGUAUACCUAGACCCAGAUCGAGUCCUCGAUCGAUGGUCGUAAGGUUAUCUUAUGACCCUACUAGGUUUGUGGCUGCACAUGUGAGUGAUCUCCCGUACCGAGGUAUAUUGGGGUACCCUGAUUGCAUAGUUAAUGAAACGGAACCAACACAAGACGAUAGGAUUCUUUUCGAUGAUCUUCACAAACAGGGAGAGAAGUUAAAAUGGUCUAAUCUACAACAUAAAAGUGUUCCUACUAGUAGCAAUGGGAUUUUAGAUCAAUCAUUUGAUUCUACUACUGAAGAAAUCCGUAAAGCUUCAACACCAACACCUGGUCCUUCAACGUUUUACCCCGAGUCUAAACUUGCCACGAUUCAGUUUCGAAAUUAUGAGAUCGAAACUUGGUAUACAGCUCCGUAUCCGGAAGAGUACACAAGAUCAGAGAAGUUGUACAUAUGCGAACAUUGUCUCAAGUAUAUAAGUUCACCUAUUUCAUUUGAGAGACACCAAUUGAAGAAAUGCAUAGAUAACCAUCCACCAGGAGUGGAAAUAUAUCGUGAUAGAGUAAACGGCAUCGCUAUAUGGGAGGUCGAUGGACGUAAGAACAUCACUUACUGUCAAAACUUGUGUCUCCUAGCCAAACUAUUCUUAAACUCCAAAACCUUAUAUUAUGAUGUGGAACCGUUCAUAUUUUAUAUUUUGACGGAGAUUGAUAAAGAUGAUCCUUUGAAGUACCAUUUCGUGGGGUAUUUUUCCAAAGAGAAACUAAAUGCUUCUGAGUAUAAUGUUUCAUGCAUUCUAACUCUUCCCAUAUACCAAAGAAAGGGUUAUGGUCAUCUAUUAAUUGAUUUCAGUUACUUACUUUCUCGAACUGAAUUCAAAUGUGGUACGCCAGAGAAACCUUUAAGUGACUUGGGACUUUUAAGUUAUCGAAGUUAUUGGAAGUUAACUGUGGCUAUGAAACUUUUUGAUUUGGUGGAAUUUCAUAAACUCAAUAAAGACAAAUACAAAUCUUUGGUAAUUUCAGUUGAAAUACUAUCGAAAUUAACAGGAAUGACUCCCUCAGACGUCAUUGUGGGUCUAGAACAAAAUAGGGCGUUGGUGAAAUCACCAAGUACUGGGAAGUAUGCCAUUUGCAUAAAUCAAAAUCGGAUCAAGAAAGUUAUAGACAAUUGGAAAAGAAAGAAUUAUGCUACUUUAGAUCCUCUGAAACUUAUGUGGAAGCCAAUGUUAUUUGGUCCUUCUGGAGGGAUCAAUUCUGCACCAGCUGUUCAUGUGCAUUCAGCCACUACUACUCAACACCCCCAGAACACUAUAGCCCUGAUCACCAGUUUCCUUAAGGAUGAUAUAAAUAAUCCUUAUAAAAUAGAAGAAGAAGCUUACCGGGAAAUUGAAGUUAUAUGUGAUGUUCAUACCAAAAUGGGGGAUACCGGAGAUCUCAAUGAGGAUUAUAUUACUUGUUUUCCAGGUAAUAGUGAAGGGAAAGUGGAUAAAACCCCUGUAAAGCAGCCCAAUGAGGUCAAACGAGCUGUUCCUCUUAUUCAAGACGACGACGACGACGAUGAAGAUGAUGACAAUGCAAGUGCAAUGGAACUAGAAGGAGAAGAUAUCGAUGAAGAUUUCGAAGAAGACGAAAUUGAAGAAGAUUACAUUGAAGAUGUUGAAGAUGAAGAAGAUUACAUUGAAGAUAUUGAAGAUCAAGAAGUUGAAGACGAAGGUAUUGACAUUGAUAAUGAUAUUAGGGACGUACAGUAUAAUAAUUUUCACAACUUCACCAGAAAGCUCCGGUCAAAGAGUCCGGAAUAG